AUGGGCGUCGAGAAUCAACAAAGUCCAUCUAAUAGCUCCUCUCGCUCGACCUCGCGGUCAGCAGAUAGCUAUACCGACGAAGAAGGGUCAGGAGUGCGAGUCCCGUCAAACUAUUCUGAAGACCUAGACGACGACGAAAGCUGGGACCGAGUGUACGACGCCGACGAAAUCGAGCCUUCUGAUUCUGCGUCCCGUCCAGCAUCCCGCCCCCGGGCACCAAGAUAUAGCGAGAGUCGACCACCUCCUGUUUCUCGACCAACUCGCCGACACACUACUACUGAAAAAUCAGCUCGUCGACCAGUCACGCAGCGCGUUCAUCGGCACCCUGCGCCGGUACCACCCUCAAGCGUGGAGCCUUUAGAGGACUUUCCGGGCUAUGGCCGAGGAUACCCACCACCGUCUGGAGCUUACGGUGGCAGAGGACCUGGGCCAGGCUAUGCCCAAAGCUCGUAUUCAGGACCUGGUGGGGGAGGAGGAUAUGUCCCCCCUCCUUUUGGCGGAGCUCCAGGUGCUUUGACUCAUUAUGGACCACCUAGUGGCUACCCCUACGCCACUCCUCCAGCAAAUCCAUUCUCCCCUCAAGCUCCAACUCCAGGUCCGCCAGGAGGUGGAUACUUUGGUCAACCAAGUCAUCACCACCCCAUGUCUAGCCACAGCGGCCCUGGCGCUUACGGUGGUGGGCACGAUAUGAUGGCCUUUCAACAACAACAGCAGCAUGGCUAUGGUGGGUUUCCUCAAUAUCCCCCAGGUAUGGGACCUGGAAUGCCUGGCAUGUCUUCUCCGCACCAAAUGGGCGGUUACUACCAACCACCACUACCACAGUGGCCUCCUAGGCCUCCUAGCGAACCAUCCGUUGUAGCAGAUCCUGAGACCGAGAAGAAGCUACUAGCGAUUGAAGAACUCAUGAAAAACCAAAAAAUUGACUUUGAGAAGGCCACAAAGGAAUUGGCAGAUCGUGACGCAAAGGAGGCUUCUGAAAAGGCCGCCGCCGCUGCAGCUAAGAAGGCGGCGGAAGAGCAGGCCGCAUGGGAGGCAAGAAUUAAGGAGGAAAAGGACAAGCUAGAAAAGCAGCUAGCGGAUGAAAAGGCAGCGUGGGAGAAAAAGGUCGAGGAAGAGAAGAAGAACGCGCAGGCUAAGGGCGCUGAAAACGCAAAGAAACAAAUAGAGGCCGACCGGAAGAAGGCAGAGCAAGCUGCUGCAGAUGAGAAGGAGAAAGCGGACACCAUUGCCAAAAUUAAGCAGUUGACCGAAGACGCUGCUGCCGAGGCUAAAAAGUUGAGAGAAGAGGCAGCUGCGGAGCAGAAGGCAAUCAAGGAGCAAGCGGCGGCAGAGGCCGAGGCACUUAAGAAGGAAAACGAGGCCGCGUUAGCAAAGGCGAAAGCACCAGACGAAGACAAGAAAAAGCCCAUCAAGUUCAAAGACGCGGUAGGAAGAAAAUUCAGUUUUCCAUUUCACCUAUGCGCGACUUGGACGGGAAUGGAAGAAUUGAUCAAGCAAGCCUUUGUGCACGUGGAAGUCAUCGGGCCUCAUGUUCAGGAUGGUCACUAUGACCUAAUUGGACCAAACGGGGAAAUCAUCCUCCCACAAGUCUGGGAGACGAUGAUCGAGCCGGAUUGGUCAAUCACCAUGCACAUGUGGCCUAUGCCUGAACCUCCCAAACCUGCACCACCCGCUCCUCCUCCCGGCAUGUUCGAUGGCGUUCCACGACCUAGAAGUAGACACGGGAACCACGGUGCUCCUCACGGCGCUCACGGCGGACACGGCGGACGUCCUCCCCCUCCGCCACCAGCAGGGCACAGAGGUGGACCGCCGCCGCCCCCUGAGAACUGGCAAGGAGGCCCCCCUCCACCUCUUCAUCCUCCGGGCGCUCGAGGUGGUCCUCCUGGUGGACCACCCAUAAUUGUCAUGCGCCCCGGAGAUGCACCACCACGGCCUCGGAAGAAAACAGAGCCAGCUACCGCAAAGGGAGUCCUAGGGUGGAUGGCCGGGGCGAAGACAAAGUCGUCGGGAAAA